UUCAUCUUCACCGUUGCGAGUCGGGAGAGAUAUAUAGCAAAGAUACCACCGGCCGGCCGGGAGCCCGGGACACAAAUGGAUAGAGAAGAUGAGACAGAGAUGAAGGAAGGAGCAGAGGCAGUAGUGCAAGUGAUGGCGCCACCAUCUCGGUUCAGGAGGAUAUGCGUCUUCUGCGGGAGCAGCAAGGGCAACAAGACGAGCUACCAGGACGCCGCCGUCGAGCUUGGCGAGGAGCUGGUAGCAAGAAACAUUGAUCUGGUGUACGGAGGAGGGAGCGUGGGGCUCAUGGGCCUGGUCUCUCAAGCGGUCUACAGCGGAGGCAGGCAUGUCAUCGGGGUGAUUCCCAAGACUCUCAUGCCUAGAGAGAUAACAGGUGAGACUGUGGGAGAGGUGAAGGAGGUGGCAGGUAUGCACCAAAGGAAGGCUGAGAUGGCCAGGCAAUCUGAUGCCUUUAUAGCGCUCCCUGGGGGCUACGGAACACUCGAGGAGCUUCUGGAAGUAAUCACAUGGGCCCAGCUUGGCAUCCACGACAAGCCGGUCGGGCUGCUGAACGUGGACGGCUACUACAACGCCCUGCUGUGUUUCAUCGACAAUGCCGUGGACGAAGGAUUCAUCAAGCCCACUGCCCGCCACAUCAUCGUUCUCGCUCCCACGCCCAAGGAACUGCUCGACAAGCUGGAGGAGUACUCUCCUCGGCACGAGGAGGUCGUGCCGAGGACGAAGUGGGAGACGACGGAGCAGCUGAGCUGCUGCAAGAUCCCUGCGCUGAAAGAGGGCACGGUGAUCGUCCCGGCGCAGCGAGGAAGCAUGCUGUGAGAGCUGUGAGUUCGGUCAGGUUUCGAGGAGGCUCUGAACCUGUUGACGGCGGAUGCGCAAGCUGCAAAUCUAGAGCACCCCGUAGCCACAUUGCCUUGUUUUAAUUCCUGUAG